UUGGUCGUUUUUCUCAGGUAAUCCGCUGCUAAGGAAGUGAUUUCACUGUGGUAAACAUUAUUGUGUUGCAACCGUCGAUCAACGGGGUGUGAAAUCAGCAUUCACAACAAAAUAUUCUAAAGGAAAUUUAUAUUCAGGACAUAUUCGUAACGAUUGGAUCGAUAAUUAUCCAAGGAAGACGGGCGGUUGAGUUACGCGUGGAGUCGUUUGAAAGACGGUUGAGCAGCGCGUGAGGAACAUCAAUCGAAUUAGCUUAGCUUUUUGACUUCAGUGUUAGCUUGUCACGACGAGUCAUAUUUUAUAAUGCUUGAACACCUCACGACGUCAUGAAAAUAUAAUGAAUUCGUCGGUAUAUUCCCCAAAGUGGAUAUUUUGGGGCAAACUAAUGCAUUGACUGAGAGACCUCUGCGUUCUCGACCUAACUUGUUUUGGUAGCUGUGUGUCCUUUAAAUAGUUGACAUUUUACCACCCCGAGCCAGACUACCUUAUUUUACGAUUUUGCGCUGUGAUAUAAGGCUUUGUUUUUUAACAAGUUCGCUUAAACUGUAUUGAAUUAGGAGCUGUAGUCUUCUCCAUUAAUUGUUGUCGAUUACGGUUUCUUACAAUGAACAACUGUGAGUACCAACAAAUAGACCCCCGGGCACUCAAAACAUCUACCACCCGGACCUCCACCCUGUCCUGUGGGAGAAAAGGCUCCCAGCGGCUUCGGAGAAAAUGGGAAGUUUUCCCUGGAAAAAAUCGCUUUUAUUGUGAUGGACGUCUUAUGAUGGGGAGGCAAUGCGGUGUGCUCCCUCUGACCAUCGGCCUUAUUUUUAUCACCAGUGGCUUAUUUUUUACAUUCGAUUGCCCAUAUCUGGUGGAGCACCUUACCAUCUUCAUUCCAGUCAUUGCUGGGGUGUUAUUUGUAUUUGUGGUUAUCGCCCUCCUUCAAACCAGUUUUAUAGACCCAGGGAUAUUACCAAGGGCUUUGCCAGAUGAGGCUGCAGACCUUGAGAGACAAAUCGAUAAUUCUGGAUCAUCAACGUAUCGUCCACCUCCUCGCACUAAAGAGAUUCUUAUAAAUGACCAGAUGGUCAAACUGAAGUACUGUUUCACUUGCAAAAUGUUUCGUCCGCCCCGGACAUCCCAUUGCAGUCUGUGUGACAACUGUGUGGAGCGAUUUGACCACCACUGUCCUUGGGUGGGAAACUGUGUUGGGAAGCGCAACUAUCGUUUUUUUUACACCUUCAUAGUGUCACUUUCCUUUCUGACAUCCUUCAUCUUUGGCUGCGUGAUCACUCACCUCACACUGCGAUCAAAUCGUGAGAACGGUAUCAUCCAGGCAAUACAAAAGAGUCCAGCCAGUGUUGCUGAACUAGUCAUUUGCUUCUUCUCCAUCUGGUCCAUUCUGGGUCUGUCAGGUUUCCAUACUUAUCUGGUGGCAUCCAAUCUGACGACCAACGAAGAUAUCAAAGGCUCUUGGUCCAGUAAAAGAGGGGAAGAAUCGGGAAACCCUUACAGCUAUAACAACAUCUUCACUAACUGCUGUGUAGUGCUUUGUGGCCCAUUGCCACCUAGCCUGAUUGACAGAAGAGGCUUUGUGCCUUCUGAUGAAACACCUCAGACAGUCAUCGCUGAUGCUGAACUGCCUCCUUUCAAGGCCAAAAAUGACACAAACAUGUGCACACAAGGCACAAAGGAGUUUAUAGAAUCCGUGGCGCAUUCCACCGUGAUCCAGAGCACCUGUGCACCAGGCACACUCAAAACCAUCCCGGUGCAUCAAGAAAGCGUACUCCGUACCAUCUCCAUCACUGUAUCUCCCCCCGCCGGCUUCACCGGCCACCAUCCCCGACGUCCCAUAGACAUGUCCUGCCCCCAUAGAGGGAGCAAACCGGCUGCUCUUCACACCCAUAAAUCCAUGUUGCCUCUACCAAGCCCCUCAUACACCUUUAACGACAGUCCACUUAUAUUAAGCGACGCUCCAGACGUGGGCUUUAUUCCACUGCACUGAGCGCAGUGUAUCUGCCACCAGCAAAUAUUCACUUCUCUGUUACUUGCCACCAUCAGAACAGCAUCACAGUGUUUUAAAAAACUGUUGCGAUUCUCAGGAUCCUCUCAGGAAAUAUUCUAUCUAUAUCAACAGAUGAGAAUUAGCCUGUGCAAGACUUUGUAUUUUAGUUUUUUUAGUUUUGCAUCACAGGCUUAAGCUUUGCUUGUGUUAACACCAAUCAGCCUACACUGUUUGGAUGGAGAGAAAAGCGAAACGUCUUUCAGUAGAUGCUUUGUUUUCUGUCCUGCACAAAAUUCAAAUCAAAUAAUCAGUGUUUUACAAAACCCUGAGCCAUUUUCAGCCUUUUGCCAUCUUUGCUUAGACCUAAUGCAAUAAUGAUAUGGUCACUUCGGUCUAACGAAAAGCCUUGCGUUUUAGUCAUGAGGCAUGGUGUGCUUUUGUUCAUUUUUAUGGUGUGUAAUAAAGUAUUUGUACCAACAGGCAAGUAGACAGUAGAGCUUUUUGUGACGAAGAGCUUAGGAUUAAAGUGUUAAUAUCUUCUAUGUAUAUUGUACUCGGUUACUGUUAGUCUGUGUAAUGUAUGAUUUCAAGGCUUAUCAUGUUAAGCUGUAUUAACUGCUUAUAUAUUUCUUUGUAGUUUUUUCCUUUUUAAUUUUUUGGCCGUUUAAGCUAAGUGUUAUCCCUGAUGCAAAUUUAAGGGAGAGUUCAUCCAAAAGCGAGUGUUCAGUCAUUUACUCGUGCAUAUGUUUUUCCAAAACCUCCAUGACUUAAUUUACUCCCGUGGAGCACAUGAGACAAUAUUUUAAAUAAAGUUACAGCUGUGAUUUCCAUUAUAAACGAAAGUUAAUGAUGACUGGUAACUCCGUCUCAACAUUAUGUGUAAUUUUCCUUUAGUGUUCAACAGAAGGCAAUCAGUCGUGUGGGAUUGGAAUGACAUUAGUGUGUUAUAUCAGAUAUUUUAUUGGAUAAUUUGGUUAUUUAAAGUACUAUGGAGAAAGUGAAACAUCAAGCCACAAGGGAGCAAUAACAGGAAAUGGAGAAAUGAUGUAGAUUCAUACUAAUUCACCUGUUGUAGGCAUCAGAAAUCUAUGGCUGUGUUCUUGGUUUCUAAAUGUUUGUAUGUUAUACUAUCAAAAAAAGAAAGAAAGUGGUAAAUAUGAUCACAGCUGUCACUGGGCGGUAGCUACUCUUACAAAAACGACACCUUUGCUGCUAAAGAGUUCAUAUUAGUACCUAAGAUUGGUACCAAAUGUAUACAUAUCUGUACCUUAAUUGUAUAUAUUAGGACUAGGAUUCUAUAAAGGGUACUGCCACAGUGACAGUUUGACAAUUUUUUUUUGUGUGUGUGAUUGUGCACUUUUAUCAGAACCCCAUCUAGAUUUCAGUGAUUUAUAGACCGAGCCCUAACCUUCAAAAUGCCUACUGUAUAAUCUGUGUUGUUUUUCUUAUUGUAAGCUUGUUUUGAUAUUCUAAGAGAUUGCUUAAAUCAUUAAGGAAAAGGUCCCAACUAUUUAUAGUGCCCAUGAGUACAGAAAGAAUACCUUAAUGGGAUAGUUCACCCCAAAAUGAAAAUUCUGUCAUCAUUUACUCACUUUCAUGUUGUUACAAACCCACAUAAUAUUUUUGUUCUGAUGAACAAAUGUUUGUAACCAAACCGUUUGUGGACCCAUUAACUUCCAUGGUAGAAAAAAGUAUACUAUAGAAGUAAAUGGGGUCCACGAACAGUUUGGUUACAAACAAUUCUUAAAAUAUCUUCCUUUGUGUUCAUCAGAACAAAGACAUUUGUAACAACAUGAAAGUGAGUAAAUGAUGACAGAAUUUAAAUUUUUGGGUGAACUAUCCCUUUAACUAGUCAUGCAUACACUAGAAGUUAACCUUGUUUAACCUCCCGUAGUAAUUUGAAGUCGAUAUUUCUGUCAAAUUUUAAAAUAGUUGCAUAAUAGUCUACCAGUGUGUGGAUAGCUGUGUGUACAUAACUACCGAAGACCCACGCAGGUGAAACCUUUAGAGUAUUUUUUGACUUUUCAUUGGUGAGUUAAAGAUUGUUACUAAAGUGUUGUUUCUAAAGCUUGAGAGAAUAACUGUUGUAACCGAAACCUUUUGCCUUGAUAUUAACGGAUAACUAGUGAAGUUAUUUACAUCAGAAUUAUGAAAGCCAUUUAAUACACGAGUCAUUUGACAGCAAUGUCUUGCACAUUUUAUUCUGAGAAUUCGAGUUUAUCACUGCCAGAUGUGUUGGUGGGAUAUUUAAAGUAUACAUACUUCUUCUUAAAAUGUUGUAUUUAUCUUUUUCAUAUCAAGGGUGUAUGUCAAAGUCCAUGAAGUAAUAAAAGUCUUUUUCACUUAUCUCA